AGUAAGCGAAAUCAUAGUAGUCGUUGCCGUUGUGUUCAUGUUCAUUUAGUGUGUAGUGACAGUAAUAUCUAACUGUUCGUCGCUUUUUCCGUGUACCUCUAGCAAAUUAAUGUAACCGGUUUCUGUGUAUUUGCAGCAUUCUAGUGCUUCGAAAUUUGUUGUUGUUCAAUUGAAAAUUGUUGAAUUGUAAAAAUUAAUAAGUGAUACUGUAGCAGAUGCAUUUAAAAACUAAACAUGUUGAUGAUAUAUGGGACCACGAUCCCGGUGUUGACCUUGCCGAUAUAACGCUGCAGUUAGGAGAUAUAGAUGUUGAAAACGAAAAACGUGUUGAUCGCAAAUUAGAUUUGACCAACGAUAAGAAUGAAAAAUCCGUCAUGUCUGAGACUUCGAGUCCCAUCGCUUCACCAAAGACCAGGGAUGUAUCAAAUAUGAACACGUUUCCGCGGUCCAAGAAACACAUAGACGACGAAUUUAUUUUGAACCAUCGAAAACGUCGGUUCUUUCACAACUAUAGUUUCAACUUUCAGAAGCACAAACAACUGAAAGAAAAAAUAGCAUCCGCUGUGGAAAGAAAGAACAUAUUUUCAAUAGUUGGCCCCUAUCCCGCGCUCCGUAAAGCACUGAAAAAGCGAAAUUGGUUGGAAAAGCAUACCUACAAAUGUGCUCUGGCACAGGAUCUCUCCAUGCACUCAUUACUACACAAGGCACAGGAAGGUAACGAGUUCGAAGAAGCGUUGAUCUCAAGGAUACUCAGGCCACACAAUGCAGACUUCAUUUGGCAAAAUCGACACAUAAAAGAAUCGAAGAAGGAUCGUUUCUACACGCCAUACCGUAGCAGGAUAUACUAUGAACGAACGUCCGAUUUCACAAUGAAAGAAGGUCUCGUGAAAGUCAUUGAAGCAAUGCAGUGGCAUCAAGAAGAUGGCAAAGCGGAGCUGGAUUGUCCUCGCACUCAUCUGCUCGAUUCGGAAGAUGCCAUUACGAUGUUUCUCGAAGACUUCCAACUGACCACUUGUACCAGUUUUUUGUAUUACUUGUCCAAAUAUCUCGAUUCGUUGUUUGACGGAGAAGGGACGGUUUCGGUCGAAAUCAUUCACACGGCGAUGCAGUUUUGUAAAUAUCACAUGGCUUGUGCUCGCCACGAAGACGUUGACUAUCAAGAAUACUGUGAACCGCUGUUGACCCCGGAAGAUAGGACGACAAUUAGGGACAUUCUGAUUGAACACGCUAGGUUCAAAAUGCUUCCUGGGAACGAGAUUCUGUCGUUGGUGGCUCAAGUGAAAAAGUUAGUGUUAGAGGCUGGGAAGCACUUUCCGGAUAUGAAAAUCGAUGGAAUACGGAACAUGUGGAUACUUAAGCCAGGAAAUCGAUGCCGUGGUCUGGGAAUCAUGAUUUUUAACGACGAUCGCAAGCUGCUGGAUUUUGUGGAUAGCAAUCCGGACGUCAAAUAUGUGGCACAGAAGUAUAUCGAGAAACCACUUUUGAUCUACAAUACGAAAUUUGACAUUCGUCAAUACUUCCUCAUCACAUUCACCAGCAACCAUCUGAAGGUAUGGAUGUAUCGCGACUGCUAUCUGCGCUUCAGUUCUCGCGAAUUCAACUUGGACGAUUUCAACGAAUCUAUCCACUUGACGAACUACUCGAUUCAGAAGCAUUAUACGGGCACAUGCCAAAAGCCGGGUAGUCUCCUUCCUGCUUGCAACAUGUGGUCCUGCAAACAAUUUCAGCAGUAUUUGCAGUCACUAGAUAAAGGCUACUACUGGGAGCGAAUAAUUUAUCGCGACAUGAAGAAGAACGUUCUAUCGGUAGUCGCAGCCAGUCUGGAUGGGAUGAAAAUGGAGCGAAACAUGUUCGAAUUGUAUGGAGCUGAUUUCAUGGUGACGGAAAAUUUUCGAACAAUGCUUAUUGAAAUCAACUCCAGUCCGGAUUUGUCGUCAUCAACCGAAGUUACCGAAAUCAUCUGCCCAGCAGUAUUGGAAGAUCUGGUUAAAGUUGUUAUUGAUAAUACCAAUGAUAAACGAGCAGGAACAGGUCAGUUUGAGUGUAUAGAUUCGAUCGAGAUUUCCCGGUUUGCGCCAUAUGGUUAUGGAAUGUUGCUAGAGGGUAAGUGUUUAGGACCUAAAAAUCGAUGCAAAAGCCCGCAACCUCCUGCUGGACCUCCGACGUGCGCGUUAAAUAGAACCCGUUGCAAACCAAUCAGUAAUUCAGCGCAGUCCCAGGCAUCCAGCGGCAGCGGCAGUAGCAGCAGCGGUAGUAGUGGCGGUAGCAAGGGUUCAAGUGCAAGCCAUUCCGCCGAAAGGCCACGUUCGUUUUUAAAUAGAUAAUAUCAAAAUUGCCUAUCGUUACAAACAUUCUUUACACAUGUUAUACACAGCAGCGUGAUGCUUCGUGUUUCGAAAUUGUACUAGAUAAAUGAAUAAAUCGGAAGAGUAUUGAAAUUUCUGAAAAAUAAAAUUAUCGUUACCGAUUGUCAACUCUAA